AGCGCACACAGUACGGCAGGUUGCUGCUGCUGCUGCUGCUGCUGCUGCUGCUGUAGCAACAGGGAAACCGCUGAAAAGUCCGCCGCACAUGACAUGAGAGGGAAGCAAGCCGAGUUGCUCUGCCCGUAGCCUGGAGGAGAGGGAGGCCAGCGCGGGCGGCUGCGCGCAGUGCGGAUCCCGCUGCUCGAAGGGAAGCGAUUCCCUCGUCCUGCCCAGUCUUUCCACACACAGGGAGGAGGGGGUGUUUGUGUCUUUCCUCCCUCCCGGUGUCCAACGGAGGAAGGCAGCGGAGUGGACGUUUUCUGCUUGCCGCCCCCCUCCAAAGAGUUGGAGCUGCGGGGUUGAAGCCCCCUACUCUUCCCUCCCCGCUACCCCGAGGGGCUCGGCGCAGGCGGCUGCAAGGAGGGGAUCUGGGUGGCUCUCGCGCCCUCGCCCGCUACUGCCUUCCCUCCCCUCCGCUCCUUGACAAAAGGAGCGACGGAGGCGGCGUCUGAGCGUCCGCGGCGGGGCGGGGGGCAGCAGCAACGCUGCCCCGUUGAGUUGUACAGUACUUUACUUUCGAGGCAUCGGCUGCCGACGGAGAAAACCCGAAGCCCGGGCGGAGGUAGGCGAUGAACGGCUUCGGCCCCGACGAAGUGACCCGCGGCGGGGGAGAAGCUGCCGCCGUCCCGGCCGUGGUGGCCAACGCCGCCGCCGCCGUGGAAGUCUUGCCGCCGCCGCCGCCCCUCCCGCAGCCGCCGGCCGGGCUCGGAGCUGCUUCGUCCGCUGCUGCGGCCACGGCGGCGGGCUCGGCCAGACCUCCGGGCGCGGCGGGCCCCGGCGCGGGACAGCUGUGCUGCCUGCGGGAGGAAGGCGAGAGGUGUAGCCGAGCCGCGGGCAACGCCAGCUUCAGCAAGCGCAUCCAGAAGAGCAUCUCGCAGAAGAAGGUGAAGAUCGAGCUGGACAAGAGCGCAAGGCAUCUCUAUAUUUGUGAUUUCCACAAAAACUUAAUUCAAAGUGUUCGAAACAGAAGAAAGAGAAAAGGCAGUGAUGAUGAUGGUGACUCACCAGUGCAAGAUGUUGACGCUCCAGAGGUUGAUCUGUUUCAGUUGCAAGUAAACACACUAAGAAGAUACAAAAGGCACUUCAAAUUACAGACCAGACCGGGGCUUAACAAAGCACAGCUUGUUGAAAUAAUUGGGUGUCAUUUUCGGACAAUUCCAGUGAAUGAAAAAGACACUGUGGCCUAUUUCAUCUACUCUGUGAAGAACGAUAAGAACAAAUCUGAUCUAAAAAUGGACAGUGGUGUUCACUAAAUAAGCAAACUUGAAACUCUGCAGGUGUAAAGACUGUUUUGGAUUUGCUGAAGAUUUCUUUGUAACUGGUAUUCAGACGGAGAAUUCUGAUAUUUUUCUUGGGGAAAAUACUGCUCAUAAAUGAUAUUUCCAUGGUAAAAAUAUUUUAAAUAAAUACUAUUGGUGUUGCUGCACCUUCAUGUGUAUGGUGUCUGGCAAGUGUAUAAGGCUAUUACUGUACUCAUAUUGCUUUUCAGUUUGUAAAAAUAAGCUGAAAUGUGGAAUACCCUCCAAAUAUAUCUCCUAUAAAUCUCUCCUGGGCUGGGAGGGAGACAGCUAAUGGUGUCAAGGUUGUGCUUCAUCAUGAAUUAAUUUGUGCUUCAGUUGCAAAGGUGAGUGAUUAUAUUUGAAUAAUACGUUAAGAGACCUUUGUGUAACACAGCUCUUAACAUACUUUCUGAAGCUUUUUCCUCCUCAGUAUCAUCUUUUGUUUGGUUCAAAAAUCAUGCCAAGCCAUGGUACAGAAAUAUUUCCUAGGGGCUGAUAUGAUGUCUGAAUUGGCAGACCAUGACAUAUACGGUUAGGGUGGCAAACCAGGCACAGAAACCAUGGUUUGAAAUGAGUUUUAAAGCAAUAAUUUGUGCUACUUGAUGGUUUUAACACAGUGCCUGAACUGACAAACUAUUGGAAUGGUUGUUGCUCUACUGCCCGAGGUUGCUUUGCCAUAAAAGAGGGGAGUAAAUUGUAAGUGCUGAGAAGAGAAAAAAUGAAAGCAGACAACUGACUCUAAGGCAAGGUUUGUCUAUGUUUAGAAGCUCCAACUAUGGUCUGGGUUCUAAACUAUGGUAACAUAAUCCACAGUUUGGCAGGAUGUUCAAAAUGAAUCUUAAUAUUUGCUGUUGAGUCUUGCAUACUUCCAAAAGAAGGUUUGGUUGCAGUUCCAUAUUAACGUUGUUGUUGUUUAGUUGUUUAGUUGUGUCCGACUCUUCGUGACCCCAUGGACCAGAGCACGCCAGGCACUCCUGUCUUGCACUGCCUCCCACAGUUUGGUCAGACUCAUGUUGGUAGCUUUGAGAACACUGUCCAACCAUCUCGUCCUCUGUCCCCUUCUCCUUGUGCCCUCAAUCUUUCCCGACAUCAGGGUCUUUUCCAGGGAGACUUCUCUUCUCAUGAGGUGGCCAAAGUAUUGGAGCCUCAGCUUCACGAUCUGUCCUUCCAGGGAGCACUCAGGGCUGAUUUCCUUCAGAAUGGAUAGGUUUGAUCUUCUUGCAGUCCAUGGGACUCUCAAGAGUCUCCUCCAGCACCAUAAUUCAAAAGCAUCAAUUCUUCGGCAAUCAGCCUUCUUUAUGGUCCAGCUCUCCAUAUUAACUACCACAGUUUUACACAGCAAAAUUGUUUAUUGUCUAACGCAGAGCUUUCCAAACUCUGUGUAUCACGCAAAUGCUCCCCGCGCUCCUCCCAAGGCUGGAAAUGGGUUAGUUUAACCUCUGAUUUGCUAGCAAAACUGAAUUACUGUGUCGCGAAAAGAUAAAUGUCUAAAAAGUGUGUCACCAACAUGAAAAUUUUGGAAAGCUCUGGUAUAGUGCUUCUAUGGGUAUGGGUUAUAGUUGACAAACCAUUGAUGGUGUAUUCCUCCCACAAAUUUUAGUAUAGUGGUACCUCUGGUUAAGAACUUAAUUCAUUCCAGAGGUCCGUUCUUAACCUGAAACUGUUCUUAACCUAAGACACCACUUUGGCUAAUGGGGGCCUCCUGCCGCCGCCGUGCCGCCAAAGCACGAUUUCCGUUCUCAUCCUGAAGCAAAGUUCUUAACCCAAGGUACUAUUUCUGGGUUAGCGGAGUCUGUAACCUGAAGCGUUUGUAACCCGAGGUACUACUGUAGCUUUAAAAAAAGAGGACUCAGUGGCUUGUAGCCAGUAUAGUACAGCAUUCCCACUGGGGAAUAGUGGGUUUUUUAAAUUGCUUUCUUAAGUAAUGUAUUUUGCACUCUUUGACUUCUGCACUUCAGUAGUAGAAAAGAAAAAAACACUCCUUUUGCCUUACUAAAUAUGACAGGUGUGAUGUGAAAAGUGACUGUAUCUGCUGUUUGUAAUACUGUGCACUAUCAGAAGGUGGUGCAACGGUUUUCAGCACUAUAGGUGGACUGUCACAUGGGUCCAAUGAGCAAUUUCCAAUUGCUUUUCUGUUUAGGAUGAGGGGGUGUAUAUCCAGCAUCUGGGUUGCAGAUGCUCCAGUUGCCAGUUAAAAUAGGUUGGAUCAAGCUUCUUCUAGAUAGAGCCAUGACAGGUGAUUGGUUGUGGGAGUGAUUCUGGGGUUGAUGUCGGCAAGCCACAUCAAGCCUGGCAGGAGAGCUGUCAAAUGUUAAAGGUUCUUAUCGCGUGCAAUGCUGGCAAGCCACAUUGUACGUCGGUAUAAGCAUACACGUAUCUAUAGGUUAGGUCAUUGGGACAGAGCAGGGCAGCAGGUCACCAUAGGACUGGGCAGAGGUGGGGAGAACAGGAUGGAACUGGUUUGGGCAAGUUAUAACAAGGGAAGCAGGUCCAAGCCAGAGAGGUUGAACCCAGGUCGGGAGGAAAACAAUGGAAUGGGGAGGAGAUUCUGGGAGGCUAGCAGCAGUCACAAGAUUGAGGGGAGGGGGAUGUGUAAAGAGCACACAUGUGACAAGGAGGUGUUUGAGGGAUACGUGAGGAUCAGGCACUUCCCUUAUGGAGGGAAAACUGGGUGUUGGCAGGAUGUGACACAUGGGGAAGUUCCACCUUUUCUGGGAUGUCCUGGCUGUCAUUGGAGGAGGACUGCACUGGUUGUUAAUGAUUUACUUGGUUACAAAAUCUCAAUAAAAGGGGGCUCCUGCUUUUGCUCUGGGUCACCCCCGGAAUAUA